AUGGCCUCGAGUGAAACUGCUCAUCACUUGUGCAAUGAGCAUGAGAUUGCCAGACCAUUAGCCUACUUCCCUGAAAAUAUUUGGUCUGAUCGCAUUGCUUCAUUUACUCUUGAUAAGCAGGAGCAUGAAAAGUAUGCCAAAGAGAUUGAACUGCUAAGCGAAGAAGUGAGAAGAAUGCUUUUGUCUACUGAAAAUAAUGUGAUGGAUCAACUAGAUUUGAUUGACAAAGUAGAACGACUUGGAAUCUCAUAUCAUUUUGACAACGAGAUUGAAGAGCAACUUCAGAAAAUAUUCGAUGAAUGUGCCAACUUUGAGAAGUAUCAGAAUUUUGAUUUAUCCACCGUAGCGCUUCAAUUUAGACUAUUAAGGCAACAUGGUUUCAAUAUCUCAUGUGAUGUAUUUCAGAAAUUUGUGGAUGCUGAUGGCAAAUUUAAGGACUCCCUAGGCAAGGACAAAAGGGGUCUCCUAAACCUAUAUGAAGCUGCUCAUGUGAGGACAUAUGGAGAUAGUAUUCUAGAAGAAGCCCUUACCUUCGCAACCACUCAUCUAAAAACAUGUGGAGCACAACUUGUUGAUUCUACUCUUGCAAAACAAGUGGAACAUGCCCUAAAGCAGCCAUUACAUAAAGGCAUCCCUAGACUUGAGAUUCGUCACUACAUUUCCAUCUAUGAGGAAGACGAAUCAAAUAACAAAUUGCUACUAAGGCUUGCCAAAAUGGAUUACCAUUGGUCGCAAAUGCUGCAUAAACAAGAACUCUGUGAGAUAUUAAGGUGGGGAAAGGAAUUGAACAUUGUAUCAAAAGCUUCUUAUUCAAGAGAAAGAUAUGUGGAAUGCUACUUUUGGGCUCUCGGGACAUUUUGUGAACCACAGUACUCUCUUGCUCGAAUAUUUUUUUCGAAAAUCGUACUCUGGAUUUCACUGAUAGAUGAUAUCUACGAUGCCUAUGGCACUGUUGAUGAACUGAAAAUCUUCACAGAUGCAGCGGAAAGGUGGGAUGGCAGUGAAACUGAUCAACUCCCGGAGUACAUGAAAACUUCCUUUAUGGCACUUCUCAAAUUCAAUGAGAAGCUUGGUGAAGAUUCAGCCUUAAAACAGAAAACCAAUGCAUUCAAUCUAUACGUGGAAGAAUGGAAAAAUUACAUGAGGACAAGCCUCACACAGUCGAAGUGGUUUCUUACAAGAGAAUUGCCAUCUUUUGCUGAGUACUUGAAGAUUGGUAUGGUCACAAGCACAUACUAUCUAUUACCAGCAGCAGGCUUCUUGGUAAUGGAGAGUGCAACAGAUGAUGCUGUCAAGUGGUUGUUGAGUAAUCCUAAACUAAUUCAGGGUAUCACGAAACACGGGCGAAUGAUCAAUGAUGUCGGCACUCAUGAGUUUGAGAAAUUAAGGGGUGCCACAGCAAUUGAAAUUUACAUGAAAGAUUACAAUGUAUCGGAGGAAGAGGCGAUGAAGAAGUUUGAAGACAUGGCUGAUGAUGCUUGGAAGGACAUGAAUGCUGAAUUCUCGAGGCCUACCGCCGUACCAAGAGAUGUUCUUCUGAUGGCUCUGAAUCUAGCUAGGAUUUGCGAAGUUAUUUACAAGAACCGUGGAGAUGGAUACACCAAACCCCGUGAGCUUGAAGCCCAUAUAAUCGCAAUGCUAAUAGAUUCGCUGUCUGUUUGA